UUUCUCGUCACAGUCUUUGUGUGACUCCUUCGCCACCGUCGUCGUCGCACGCAUUGGAGUCUUCUCUUAUGUUGGUUAUUGUUGUGUUUUUUUUGUCUGCCCUCUGUGUGGGAGUUUUUUACAUUUUUACAUUCAUCUUGUACCUCUGCAACAACGGCGAACUCACAUAUCCUGGAACAGGAACCAAACCGAAGUGUACAGAAAAUUUUGACCUGUCUUUCAUCAGAUAUAGUUUUGGCAACUACAACCUUUUUCUUUAGUUUAUCUGAAUAAAGAUCUCGACUGUUUGCAUCAUUUGUUUCUGUAAAAAUGAGUGGGAAAGACAAAAAUGGCUGGAAGCCAAGCGUCUCAGACGGGACGAGUACCGAAGAGACAACUGUAUAUUUAAAGAACUUCAGUUUCUUGGAGGAAGACAAUCCUGCAUUUUUGCCAGAUGAAACCUUUUCGAAUGGUUUGGGCUCCUCUGAACAAACUACCACCUGUGAGUUGAAGCCAGAGAUAGUUGACACAAAAGAUACUUCAAUUGGGAGCGAUGAAAAGGAUAUUGCUGAGCGGUCCCUUAUUUAUUCCAGGCAUGAGAAAGUUCCAAUGAAAGACUUUUCUAAGGAAAUCCGUGGUGCAAAGGACAUUGAAAGAUUUGCAAACAGAGCCAUUUUGCUGUUAAACAUGAAUGUGACAAAUGUUGACAAAAUUAUCGAAGAAAUUCUCAAAGCUAUGGUUCACAUCAACGAUAUUCCUGCUCUUAAGUCUCUCCUCUUCACACAUGAUGGCGUGCAUCAGUUGCGGAAGACAGUGCAGAGCUCUUGUAUAGCAAUGGGUGGUGGCUUUGAUUAUGACCAAAGUUGGAUAUGUUCCAUGUGUUGCAGUCCAUUAGUAACCAAGACUAUGGUCGGCAUUGCUCAUCUCCAUCAUCCAGCCAACUUUGGUACAACUGCUCAAGAAAUAUCCUUUGUGAUUAUUAUUAUUACUCCUACAAAAGAGAAAGGUACAAAAAGCGAGUUUGAAAUAGGAAGAACAUUUGGCACAUUAUUUUCUUGUCCUGACCUUCGUCAAGAAUUAUCCCAAUGUUCUAGUGCAGCACAGUUUAAUAAUGUACUUAGGAAAUAUGCUGAAAUUUUAGCUGAACAGAAUCGUAAGUCCCAAAUGCACCAGGAGACUGAGCAGAAAGAAGUGUGCAAAUGUGGAUUUAUGCGAGGUUUACGUAAAGAUUUGAAGCGAAGACUUCCUCAUUACAUUUCUGAUUACAAAGAUGGUGUCGUUGGUCCCAGGUCAGUCCAGAAGACUCUGUCCACAACAUUAUUUCUUUACUUUGCCAUACUUCUACCAUCGAUGGCAUUUGGUGUUUUGAAUAAUGUCAAUACCGGAGGAAAACUAAAUGUCGAGACGGUGAUCUACUCCCAAAUAUUUGGAGGGUUAGUGUUUGCGUUGUUUGGUGGAACACCGCAGAUUGUUCUGCUCACCACUGCCCCAUUGGCUCUUUACACCAAAAUUAUCUACAGUAUUUGUAAGGAUUUUGAUAUUGAUUUCGCGGCCAUGUUUGGUUGUGUGGGGCUCUGGAAUACAUUCUUCCUCUUCAUCUAUUCAUUCUUUGAUCUGAGUAUCCUGAUGCAAUGGUCUACUAGGUCUUCAGAAGAAAUCUUUGCAUUAUUCAUCGCAAUAGCUUUUACUGUUGACAGUUUUAAAAGUUUGGCCCAGAAUUUUGACACAUACUACAACACACAGUGUCAUGAUAAUCUGACCAGUACUUUGACGGAUGACCUGCACACCUGUUCUCCAGAAAAAAGUAUCCUCUAUUUAUUUCUACUACUUGCAACGCUUUGGGUAGGAGUAUCCUUGUUUAACUUCAAAAAUACCCCCUACCUAACAUCUGCCAAGAGGGAGAUGUUUUCUGACUAUGCUUUACCUGCGUCUGUCAUCAUUAUGUCUUUUGUCGGUGCCUACCUGUUUAGGGACAUCAAGCUUGGUGAGAGCUUUGACCCUGAUACAACGAAUGCAACUUUGGAAUUGGUGCCAUUUUCCAAAUUGAAUGUUGGUUCAAUAUUUGGUGGAAUGGGGCUUGGAUUCUGUUUGUCUCUUCUCUUCUUCAUGGAUCAAAACAUAUCAGCAGCACUUGUUAAUGCUCCUCAAAACAAAAUGAAAAAAGGCACAGCCUACCACUGGGAUCUGUUUGUGGUUGGUGUUAUCAAUGGUAUUCUCUCCAUAUUUGCCUUCCCCUGGUUGCAUGCUGCUCUACCACACUCCCCACUUCAUGUCCUGGCCCUGGCAGACGUAGAAGAGAGAGUAGAUCAGGGUCAUGUCUAUCGAACGAUUGUGCAUGUACGUGAAACCCGGUUGACAGCUAUAUUUUCUCAUAUCCUAAUUGGACUUUCUGUAUUGAUACUGAAUUACCUGGCUUAUAUACCAAACCCCGUGCUUUAUGGACUCUUCCUCUUUGUAGCUGUGACGUCCCUCUAUGAUAACCAAAUGUUUGAGCGAUUCUGUCUUCUAUUUACUGAACAGUCUGCCUAUCCACCAAACCAUUUCAUUCGACAAGUUCCGCAAAGGAAGAUGCAUUUAUUCACAGGGCUGCAAGUGCUCCAGUUAGUCAUUCUCUGCAUAUUUGGUUUUGCACCAUAUCCUUAUUUAAAGAUGUUUUUCCCGGUUUUAAUAUUUGGACUCAUACCUGUCAGACAUAAAAUUAUUCCUUACAUAAUUAACGACAAGUUUUUGAAAGCAAUGGAUGGUAAUUAAAGGACGAUAGCUUUCACUUCCCACUUUGAUGACCAGCAUUCAGUAACUGACCAGGAGCCCAAAUUCACUUGGAUAAAGUACAUUGCAGCCAUUUAUAAGCGUGUCUCUCUGUCUGCCAUUCAGAAUUUUAUUUUAUUUUAUAAUUUUUAAUUAUUUUAAUCUUUUUUUUUUAAAUUUACAUUUUAAGAAUAAAUCUAUCUCCAUUGUAGGA